AGUCCCUCCGCUUUUAGUGUCCGUUUGCUAUGGCAGAGUAUGUUAACGUACUUCGAAGGGCCGUGAGCCAAAUAACUGGGCAUGGUGGGGUCAGGGGUUUGUUCCUGCAGUUUUUCAGGGUAAAUGACAUGAAGACAGGAGCAUUGGUCGGCAUCGACAAAUACGGUAACAAGUACUACGAGGACAACCGAUAUUUCUUUGGCCGUCAUCGAUGGGUUAUCUACACCACAGAGAUGAAUGGCAAAAGGACAUUGUGGGAUGUUGAUGGCAGCAUGGUGCCUCCAGAAUGGCAUCGCUGGCUGCACUGCAUGACUGAUGACCCUCCCACCACUCAUCCUCCUGAGCCCAAGAAAUUCCUAGCAAAGGUUCACCAGAUCAACGUGAGCGGGACUAAAGAUUGUUAUGUUCCAUAUUCCACAACCCCCAAGAAGAUACAUGAGUGGGUGCCCAAGGUCGGGCAAUAGUGACCCUCACACCUCUCCCUCAAAUGGCUUUGGCCCUCCUUUUUGUCCCAUAUUCUAUCUGAGCAUUCUGUAAAUUAUAGCUGACAUUUAUAAUUGUAAAUGAAUAAAAACUACAAAGUGCCACUA